GGUCCGUCAAGAGUAAUUGGACUGAAGGAUUACGAAAUUGCAUGAUCCCUGCCUUGUGCUCAUCGUGAGUAACGAACGAAUCGCGUUAAGAGACGAUAGCUGAUCCACUUCGGCUGUCUCACCCUCAGCCAGCGCCUCCAAUCCAAUCCACCCAUUUUCCGACCAGCCAUGGCCGCUUCCCUCUCUGCCGUCAAGCUUGUCGCCCCCUCCGCUCUCCCCUCUUCUUUGCCCCGCCUCCUCCCUUCCGCCGCCCGCUGCCACCGCUCCGUUUCCACUACCACUCUACACCUCCGACUGCACACUCGUAGGUCCUCCCUCUUCCCCCGCCUCUUCGCCUCUUCCGCCUCCGCCCCCGCCGUCGCAACCACCAUAUCCGUCGGAGACAAUCUUCCUGACGCCAACCUCUCCUACUUCGGCUCCGAUGGGGAGCUCCAGACCGUCACCGUCUCUGAUCUCACCAAGGGCAAGAAAGCCAUCUUCUUCGCCGUCCCGGGGGCCUUUACCCCGACGUGCUCGCAGAAACACCUCCCUGGAUUCGUGGAAAAGGCCGGGGAGCUGCGUGCCAAAGGCGUGGACACCAUUGCCUGCAUCUCGGUCAACGACGCUUUCGUGAUGCGUGCCUGGAAGAAAGAUCUCAACAUUGGGGACGAGGUUUUGCUGCUCUCCGACGGAAACGGGGAGUUCACCCGGGCACUCGGGGUGGAGCUGGAUCUGUCAGACAAGCCCGUGGGCCUCGGCGUCCGAUCCCGGCGCUAUGCGUUGCUGGCAGAAGAUGGGGUUGUCAAAGUGCUCAACUUGGAGGAUGGAGGUGCCUUUACCUUCAGCGGCGCCGAGGACUUGCUGAAAGUCCUCUAACAACCCUUCAACGUCAUCCCUGUUUCAGGUCCGUGCCCCCUUUUUUUUUUUUUGGUCUGUUUGCAGUUAUCUAUUUCUAUGAUCUCCAAAACUGUUGAAUUUGGAUAAACGAAUCCUGGUUAUGCUUUUUGAAGAAUGAAAUAUUUAGUAUUUCCUAA